GAGUGUUGUAGGAGAGGUAGAUAAAGAGCAUGAUUGGAUCAACAUAACUGCACUCUCAAGUUUCCUCUCAACCACUCUUAGCAUCUUAUGGAGUGUCGUCUUCUUCAAAUUCCUUUUGUUUUCUUAAUCCCAAUUUAAACUAGCAGUACCUUUUUUUCAUAUAAAUUUUGUCUCUUCAGUUUUACUGUCAUCAAUCCACAUAUUGCUGUGCCCUUUUGUAAUUGCUCUCUCCUAUUUUUGUUCUUCUAUGAUUGCUUCUCGCCUUAAACUUGUGUUGCUUAGUCAUAAUUUCAUUCGUUAGGUCUAGGUUUUAUUAUCCCGGAAAUGGUUCCAUGGGGCGGACUCUCUUGCUGUUUGAGUGCAGCUGCUCUUUACCUUCUCGGCAGGAGCAGUGGAAGAGAUGCUGAAGUGCUUAAAUCCGUUACAAGGGUUAAUCAAUUGAAGGAUCUUGCACAACUACUAGAUACUGCAUCCAAGGUGUUGCCUCUGGUGGUUACUAUAUCUGGAAGGGUUGGAUCAGAUACACCAAUUAACUGUGAGUACAGUGGUCUACGAGGCGUGAUUGUGGAAGAAACUGCCGAACAACAUUUUCUGAAACACAAUGAUGCAGGCUCUUGGAUACAGGAUUCUGCUUUGAUGCUCUCAAUGUGUAAAGAAGUUCCGUGGUACCUGGAUGAUGGCACAGGUCGCACUUUUGUAGUUGGUGGCCGUGGUGCCACGGGUUUGGUACUGACAGUUGGAAGUGAAGUCUUUGAGGAAGCAGGGCGAUCAUUUGUGCGAGGGACAUUGGAUUAUCUUCAAGGUCUUAAGAUGCUUGGAGUGAAGAGGAUUGAACGUGUGCUGCCAGUUGGUACUCCUUUGACUGUUGUUGGCGAGGCUGUCAAAGAUGACAUUGGGACAGUUCGGAUCCAGCGACCACACAAAGGCCCGUUUUAUAUCUCUCAUAAAACUAUUGACCAGCUCAUUGCAAAUCUUGGGAGAUGGGCAAGGUGGUACAAGUAUGCUUCAAUGGGUUUUACUGCUGUCGGUGUAUAUCUACUUGUGAAGCAUACUUUUCAUUAUAUGAUGGAAAGAAAGCGCCACUGGGAAUUGCGCAGGAGAGUUCUUGCUGCUGCUGCUAAAAGAGCAGGACAUGAGGAUGAAGGUUCUAAUGCUACAGCUGAGAAUGGAGUGGAUAAUAAAAAGGACCUCUUAAUGCCAAAUCUAUGCGUUAUAUGUCUGGAGCAGGAAUACAACUCAGUUUUUGUCCCGUGUGGUCAUAUGUGCUGUUGCAUGACGUGCUCUUCACACUUGACAAACUGCCCACUUUGUAGGAGACGGAUCGAGCAGGUUGUGAAAACUUUUCGCCAUUAGGUAACAGCAGAGAUGGACGAGCAGAAAGCUGAUUCUCUCGCUGCCUUGUUGAAAUCGUCUGAUAAAAUGUCAUUUUCUCACUCAUAAAAUCAAAUUUCAAAGGUUUAUACAAGUGUUGUCCUUCUUAGGAACUUGGAUAUUAACUUGUAGAUAGUAUUGAGAGCUGGAUUUUGUCAUAAAUUGAAGACAUUAUGAUGUAUA